UGACGGCGAUAAAGAUAAGGGAACAAAAGUGGCGGUAUUUCAAAAUAGAACGAAACACACUGUUCUGUCAAGUGUCGGAGCCAGCGCACAACACAAGAAGCAGAACAUCACACCUAAAAGAUUCGCAGGCGGUGCUCGGCAUCGCGAAGUUCAUUUUACUGACGUUAUUCGGGUUAUUCGGUUUGGCCCGCGCGUGGGGUAUAAAGCUCGCAUGUAUGCCUAACGCCCGUUUUCAUUUGUUUCACAUCAACGAAAAGUCGAGCUGACAGUAUGAAGGUCACCGCAGCUUCCGUAGCUCUUCUGGCUGUCGCUGCCCUCCCUGAGCUCUCUAUGGCCAUACCUGCCAAACGUGCCAAUGAUAGCAGUACCCCAACAGACAUUCAAAUUCUGAAUUUCGCACUUACGCUUGAACACCUCGAAAACGCCUUUUACACACAAGGAUUGCAGAAAUACACCCAGCAGGACUUCCUCGAUGCAAAACUGCCCACCUGGGCGCGCGGACGAUGGAACCAAAUCGCACAACACGAGUCGACGCACGUGUCGUUCCUCGAGAACGUAAUUGGUGAUCAGGCGGUACAACCAUGCACCUACAGUUUCCCUGAUACGGACCCAAUUUCUUUCGUAACGACUAGUUUCAUGUUGGAGACGGUCGGCGUUUCUGCGUAUUCUGGUGCGGCGCACUUCUUGUCUAACUCGGAUUAUGUUACGUCCUCGGGUGCUAUUCUAGCUGUUGAAGCAAGACAAUCAGCAUGGAUUAAUUCGGCAGUUUUGAAAGCUAACCCGUGGAACACCGCGUUUGACACCCCACUUGACCUCAAUCAAGUGUGGACACUCGCAUCGGGCGUCAUCGUGUCUUGCCCUUCCUCUAACAUGCCGCUCCCUGUGAAAGCAUUCCCUGCAUUAUCCUUCCCUGCUGGUGCUCAGCCGGGCCAGACCGUUAAAGUUUCUUUUAACGCAACGAUGCCAUCUGAACAACUCUAUGUUGCGUUCAUUGCUGGCCUCGGGGCCACUUUUGCGCCGCUGAGCUCUCAAAUGACAGUCACUAUUCCAUCGACUUUACAGGGUGUCGUGUUCCCUGUGGUCACUACCAAUGGUACGACGGUGACUGACAGCGUGACGAUCGCUGGACCCGCCUUUCUGAGUUUUGACUUCAACUCUGAUGGCACGGACGAACUUUGAAGUGCACACCUGAUGUGAUUGGACUUACGUUACUGUAUGUAAUUUCGUUUUGGGUUCUUUUGUGUUGUUCAUGUCUAGUGUAUUGAUGAACAAGUGUAUCUAGUAUCUUCUCGCUGAUGUUCCCUACUUACACUUACGGACACAUGUCGUUUCUUUAUCUUGAUGAUCUCCUAGUUACCCCUGCAAGCUCCGGAAACUCGCCAAACAUACUCGGAG